AUGGUAGUUCAAAAUAGUGAGGUUCCAGAUGAUAACAAGGAUUCCUGGAAGACGACAGUGGCUGAUUUCAUCGAGGUUCUUGAUCCCAGUGCUUCAACGGUACAAUCUUUCACGCAGCCAUCCGCACAUUUCUUUAAGCAGAAGAUCCAGAAUGGGAAGUUUAACUGGAAUUUUGAGAAAAUAAAGGAUUCGGCGGGGGAUUUGACUCCCCAGCUUGAGUUGUUCAGACGGAAGACGAUACAAAGGGUUCAGGCGAUGGAUAAGCCGUUGCAGUCGAUAUUUUUCCACAACAGUUCUGUUCUCGACAAAUCUUUUUAUACGUUUACGCUUUUUAAUAUAUUUGCUGUGGGGUUGAUUUUGGGGCGGUUUCCUGAGUGGUUUCAUGUGUACUAUACUGUGAUGCUUUUGGUGUUAAUGCCUGUUCGUUUCUAUACUUACUACAAGACAAAUAACCAUUAUUUUCUAGCGGACCUUUGCUACUUUGUCAAUGGGAUGUGUUUAAUCUAUAUUUGGGUGCUUCCUCAUUCUGUGCACCUAUACCAGACGUGUUUUGCAUUUACGUUUGGGACUCUUUCAUUUGCUGUUAUCACAUGGAGAAACUCGAUAGUGGUUCAUUCGUUGGAUAGAAUUACCUCCUGCUUCAUCCAUAUUAUGCCUCCGGUGACGAUGUAUGCAAUAACCCAUCUUCUGGGGGAGGAUCUGAAGGCAGUGCGUUUUCCUGCGGCUUCACAACAUGGCUCUCCUGCUUGGACCCUCAAAACCAAUGUUUUUUAUACUUCGAUAUAUUAUUUGAUUUGGCAAUCCUCAUACCACUAUUUUAUUACCUUACGUAAGAAGGAGAAGAUACGGCUAGGGAAAAGGAUGACUAGUUUUGAAUAUUUGACUACACACAAAUUUAAAGAUCUUCGGUUUGUGAAACUGCCAUCUCCUUGGCCAAUGAUAUUAUAUACUUUGUUCCAAUAUCUUUAUCAGCUCGGAUCGAUGAUCCUAUGUGUCGUUUGGUUCAAACAUCGAAUUGCUGCUGGUAUGUUUUUGCUGUUCAUUUUCUUGUGUGCUGGACGGAAUGGCGCUAGUUACUACAUCGAUUAUUACGGUAAGAGGUUUGAGAAAGAGCUGAAUAUGUUACGGAUGCAAGUGGACUCAUUAACACAGCAGGUGAACGAAAAGAGUUCUAGUAGCGGAAUGUCCACAUCGGCUUACCUAGACAGCCAAAUGUCCAGCGUAUCUUCCAGCAUUAGUGAUGAAUUGCUUUGGGAAAUGAAACUCUCGGAUGAUGAAGAUUCAUAA